AUGUGCCGACGAGUCUGCACUUCCAGAGCAUGUUGAAAUCUCAGUGGCAGAACAAACCCUAUGAGAAAAUUAAACCUCCCAAAAAGCUCUCACUCAAGCACAGAGCCCCCAUGCCUACCAGCAGCCUAUCUGACCCUGCUCGCAAGGACCGCCACAAGCUGGUGAAUUCGUUCUUCACUGCAGCCAAGCGCUCACAUCAAAAAAUCCAACCAGACAAGGCACACAGGCCGCCUUUAGACGAUUUUACGGCCGUGUCCAAGGCCGAGAGAGCGCCAGAGCGCUCGCUUGUCCAGCCUCCUGCCUAUGACAAAAAGCGAUUGCGAGACUGCUCAUCUGAGAGGAGUGAAGUGUUGAAGCAUCACACAGAUGUCGGUGGCCCAAGCUACUUGUCAGCAGCUGCGACCCCCACACCUCACAGCCCUAUAGCGCGGCAGCUGUCCGCCUCCUCAGAAGGCUCCGCUCCUACCAGCAUGAGUUCACAGGGCACCUCCAGCACAGCCCAGCCAAGGAGGAGGAGAGGCGAAAGUUCAUUCGAUAUUAACAACAUUGUCAUCCCGAUGUCCGUUGCUGCAACAACUCGUGUGGAGAAACUGCAGUACAAAGAGAUCCUCACACCCAGCUGGCGUGAAGUGGAUAUCAGCGCUCUGAAAGCAAACCCUGAUGAAGACAAUGAAGAGAUCGAGGACUUGUCUGAUUCAGCCUUCGCUGCUCGGCAUGGCAAGUGUGAAGAGAUGGAGCGGGCACGGUGGCUUUGGAGCACGAGCAUGCCCCCGCAGCGGCGGGGCAGCAGGUCUUACAGAUCGACAGACGGACGGACGACUCCUCAGCUGGGGAACCCGUCGACUCCCCAGCCAGCAUCCCCUGACGUGGGCAACUGCCACUCCCAUUUGGAGCUGUCCCACACCCACUCACCACGCAGCCCCAUCAGCCCCGAACUGCUCUCUGCCCCCCUCACCCCCCUCUCCCGUGACUCCAUGCGGCUUCUGUCCAGUGAGGACACCCGUUGCUCCACGCCUGAGGCCAGCCUUGAUGAGCAGGCUGUGCAGCCCUGGGAGCGACGCACCUUCCCACUCUCGUACGAUCCCAGGACAGAGUGCGAGGACCAAUCUGACCCCCAAGACCGGUCGUCACGCUGCACCCGGCGCACGUCGGGCAGUAAAUCCUCGCGCCUUUCUGCUUGGCCCACCCGGGCCAGCCUCAAGAGUCGAACCCCCCUGGCAACACCCUCUUCCUCCUCUUCCUCUGCAGCAGUUCAGCGGCCAGCACACAGAUAG